AUGCCCGUUGGCGUUCGCCAACUCACCGUUCUCGGCGAGUUCAAGCCGCUUGGAUUAAUCGCUGAGGCACUCGAUGGGCAACCGCCAGAUAAUUUGCCCGAUAACUGCGAUUAUUUCCUCUUCGAUCCAGAAGUCACGAGACAACGAGACGAGAACUUGGAUAACGACGUCUCGGCUUCUGCUCUCAGUGACCGCCGCGAUCACGAGCUCUUCAUUCGAGGCAACCGUAUAAUUUGGAGCAUUCGUUCAAGAGUGUUUAAGAGAUUUAUCUUACCUUCUGCUGUCAUCAUGGCUUGCCGGUGCCAUAUGGGCGGCGUUCCUGAAGCUCUUCUUUGUGUCUUACAAAUUGAUUCAUUAACAAUCUACAGUACAUCAGGUUUUUUUCAAAGGAAAAAGAGUUACAAUUAUUUGCACUAUAAUUCUGCUAGUAUUCAAUCUGAACCACUUAAUGGUGCGUUUUUGUCUAGUGGGUGCAUUACUGGUACUUUAGUAAGCACUAGAGUGUGGUUCAUUCACUCUUUCUAUCUCUCGCUUUAUGUCGAAGCAUAA